CCAGCUGCUGUCUGCUCAAGCUUCAGUGCACAGGAACACCCCGGACUCUACAUGGGGAUCAAGAACUCCCACCCCACAGUGUACCCCGGUGACAUCAUCGAGUACCCGAGGAACAAAUACUUCUCCCAUUUUGGAGUGUACUACGGGGAGAAGGACGGAGUACCCUAUGUAGCCCACCUCACCUCUCGUGAUUCAGACUCCAGACUGGUGCUGUUCGGCCGUGCUCUAAGGUCAGAGGUCAAACUGGAUCCACUUCUACUGCUCGGGAAGAACUACAAGGUGAGCAACAUGCUGGAUGACUCGUUCCCGGCCCGAGACUUCCAUACUGUGGUGAAACCGGCCAUCGAUGAUCUGAUUGGACGAGAGCUGACCUUUGACAUCCUGUACCACAACAGUGAGCACCAGGCCACGCUGCUGCGGUACGGGGUCAAGAAGUCCCAGCAGAUUGAGAAGAUCUACGAGCACAUCAUGCCCUCGUGGAAGAAAGCGUUUGAAGACAAGACGCUGUGAAGAUGCACCACCACCAGAGAGCUGUUAAAACCAAAAGAACUUGUAGUUUCACAUUGUACCACAUUUUAUAUUUUAAUGCCAGGAUAUACAAAGUCAUGUUUUUGUUAACUGCGUUAAAUAUGAACUAGUGUAUUGGUACAAGAUAGUUGUAUGUAAUAAGAAAGCUUUAAAGUUACUGAUGCUAACUAUCCUUAAUCAUUAUUUUGCUAGUCUUAAAGCACUGUGUAACUUCUUAGCCAAAAAUAGACUACAAUAACUUUUUGUUGCUUUAUUUGUUUUGGCGUUUUCCCCAAAUUAGCUCAAAACGUCUCAGAGCUUACCAUCUAGCGUCAUGACCG